AAUCAAAACGAAUCAACUCGCGUUCACCUAAUAAGGACUUGGUCCGGUCAUCUUUUUUUUUUGCCCAGAUUAUUUUUUUUUUGACACAAGGCACACCAGAAUGGGAAACAAGAGUGUUUUGUCUGUGUUGAUCUUUUGCUGGAUCUUUAGUUUUAUCCCAGCAGAAAAUAUUACAGACACGUCGGGAAUAGGAAUCGUUGUUUCACUCUUUAGUCCUGGACACCUUUCAUUGAUCGCCGGAAAUCCAAACAAUAUGAAUAUGAGUUCGAUGAGUUCUGGGAAAGGAAUGCUUCCCAUACAAACAUACUACUUCAACACUCCUCGUGCUAAAAUUGUCAGCAUGGCUUCAGACCCGAGGAAAAAUGCAUUGUUCAUCUUAGACUCCGAUUCCCACAGUAUCUAUAGAAUGGAGAAUUUCAAUAUUUGGGUGAACGACAGUUUGACUAUAGUUCCAAUUCAAAAAGGUGUGUCAAAAACGUCUGCACAAAUCACAUACGAUUGGUUAAACGAAAUGGUGUAUUGGGUAGAUGGUUACUACAAUUGGAUAGGGAUGCAACCCGCCUACACCACGGAUAAUAGUCUAUAUAAAAUAAUUAUCCACCAAGGACUGGGCAGACCUGAGGGAAUUGCAGUGGACCCAAUUAGUGGAUACCUCUUUUACUCCGAUAUGGGAAAACCGCAAAGAAUUGAGAGAUCCUCUUUGAUUGGCAAAGAUAGAAAAUCCAUUAUUACGUCAGGUGUUGACCGUGUAUAUGACAUCACAGUGGACCACAAGGAGCAGACACUGUACUGGGUGGACGCGGGAAGACAUACUCUGGAGUCAGCCGACUUUAACGGAAGAAACAGACGACUAUUGACCAGGAUGAACUCUGUAAAGUUCACGUCAGUUGUCGUAUUUGGUGAUUUUCUGUAUGUGACGUCAUUUACGAGCAACACCGUCACCAAGAUAAGUAAGAGAACCGGAGAAAUCAAUCUUAUAGUCGUGGUGGAUGAUGGGAUACCUGUGGGAGCCGAAAUAUGGGAUCCAACAAAUACUAGCCCAGUAUCAAAGGUUUGCUCAAGUUAUGGUUGUGCCCAUAUGUGUGUUCAUUUGCCAAGCGGACCCAAGUGUGUUUGCAAGGAAGGGUAUACACUGGCAGAAAACAACAAAGCGUGUGUCAAUGAGAACCUUCAGAAAGGUCUGAUUGUGGCCAAUAGUACUCAUGUCUGUAACAUGGACAUCCGCCAUAUCACCGCUCUAAAAGACGAAAUGACGUGUAGAGUGGCUAACCUCACUGGUAUAAUGUUCAUGGCGAUAGAUAUUGCAUCACAGUGGCUGUUUUAUGUUGAUUCUGACAAUCAUGCACUGAUGCAGUAUUCCUUGAUUUUUAACGUUACCACACCCAUUACCGAAGCUGGCCCAAAUGUAACAGGUUUUGCCUACGACUGGCUUGACAACAAUAUAUUGUGGUCAGAAUCGGACAUUCUGCAGAAAGGUUCUAUCCGCAUUUUUUCAAUGGAUAAAUAUGCUCACACAGAUCUUUAUGCAAAUCUGGACAACCCUACUUACGUGAAUGUUAAUCCAUUGGACAGAGAAGUGUACUGGAUAGAGGGCAAGGGAAACAACUACACGAUAAAAGUUGGAACCUUAGACGGAAGUUCAGCUAAGGUGAUCGUCAACAGUGCGGAUCUAAAGAAGCCUACCGGUUUAUUCUACCACAUAGAGAAACAUAGACUGUUUUGGAUAAAUUGGGAUAGCAUAUACAGUUGCAAAACAGACGGCUCGGACCUGACCACGCAUUUGAAUUCCAUUUCCGUUUUGUUCUUUGGGGUUGAACUAAUGGUUUACAAGGACCACGCUAUUUGGACUCAUGGAAAGUCUUUCAUUAUGUCGGGAAGCAUUUUCCGAAACAAUGCAGAGGUUAAAAUCGAUACAAGCCACUAUGGUAAAAUUACUGGAAUGGCAAUAUACGAUCCAGAUCUACAGAGAUACAAAAGAGGACCUUGUGAAAUAAUGAACGGUGGAUGUGAACAUGUUUGUUUGCCAUCUGCAACCACCCAAGCUACCUGUAAAUGUGAUUUUGGAUUCAUAUUGGAAUCUGAUCGCAAAAACUGUUCAUCGGACGCCCUGAGAGACCGGUUCAUGAUAAUAGCGGACCACACACACGGCAGACUAUACCAGGCAUCUUUAUUGGAUGCAAGAAUCACCGCUCUGGACUUUCCGGAAGUAUCAAAACCGGCUUGUGUUUUAUACAACAGGAAUACUAAAAUGGUGUACUGGGUCGAAAUAGAGAGUCAGGGCAGUCAGAUAAAGCAGGCAACCAUUGACGGCAAAAAUACCAAGACUCUGAUGGAAGCCGGGAGUGUGUACCCCGAUAGAAUUGCUAUGGACUUUACUACAGGACAUAUAUAUUUCACUGCGGUAGCGAGUGAAUUGUACGAGAGUUACGUAGGAAUACUUCAUCCUCAGAAAUCAGUCCACAAAAAGUUAAUUACCCAGCUCGGUACGCCUCGUGCUAUUGCUGUACAUCCUUCUGCAGGUUACAUGUUCUGGACUGACCAUAACAAAAACAGUCCCCAUAUUGGGCGAGCAUUCAUGGAUGGUUCAUCUCAAAGAGUUUUACUUUCAAAAGAUGUGGUAUGGCCAAACGGCCUUGCUAUAGACUACCAAGAAAAUCGGUUAUACUGGGCGGAUGGUCAUCAAGAUAAGAUAGAGUCAAUAGACAUAUACGGUCUCAAUAGAAAAGAGGUCCUCAAAGUCACAAAUCAGCAACUUGUGGACAUAGAUUUGUUUGGAUCGUAUCUCUAUUACACGGCCUGGAAUACGCAGAAGGUAUUCAAAGUAUUGAUAAACAGCGAUGGGACUGGAACCGUUGUGGACUGGAUGUCGGAUGUUCCAGAACUAGGUCGUCUAGACUCCAUAGAAAUUGAGCCUGGGAAUAGUCAGCCCAAAAGCGCUGCCUGUAUGCAGAAUAAUGGAGGAUGCUCAACAUUCUGUCUUCCUACCCCGACUGGCCGCGCAUGCGCUUGUGAGGAAGGUGUGGACUUGAUGGCUGAUGGUGAAACGUGCGAAGUCACUGGAGGAGUGUCUUGUUCUGGGGAUGUUCCAAACGGUGCCUGGUCUCCCACCUGUCACCAGCUCCCCACAGAGACGUGCACCUACACGUGUAACGAGAACUUCUUACCUAAUCAAGCGAACCCUACUGUGACCUGCGGGAGAGAGGGAGAAUGGUCUAUUCCCCCCAAAUUUUUAUGUCUGGAGAAAACCUGUCCAUUAAUGUACCCAGUCCACCACCUAUUAAACGAUUGCCGUCCAACUGUUGGGAGUGAGUGCGAAUACGCGUGCAGUGAUAACUUCACAAAGAAUGCCAAUGUACCGAAGAUUAAAUGUUUACCGUCCACAGAAUGGAGCCACAAUGCUUUUGAUGUUUGUAAACAGUUUGAUGUUCGAGUGGAUACAAUGGUAUCUAAAGUCCACUGCAAGGAGGACCUUUCCAAUGUUGUACUUGAUCCAAACUGCAAUAGGCUGAAAGACAGCGUAUGCACUUUCUCUUGCAAAGAAGGCUACCAGAAAAAGGACGAAGAUAUUGUUGAGCUCAUUUGUAUGUCUAAUGGAAAGUGGAACUUUGGUCACAUUCCACUUUGCGAUGGUCCUUCUGGGUCACAGACCGCUAAGUUGUCCCAGGGGGAGGGGAAGUCGGACUCCUCCUACACGGCCAUCGCUGCCACCCUCGCCGCUGUGAUUGCAGUGGUCUUUAUCGUUGUUCUCGUUAUUGUCUUCUUUUACUGUCGACGAAAGAGAACUGGCGUGGUUGGUAGAUACGAAUCUCACCAAAACGAGGCCAAUGUGUACUGUGAGCCCCAGAAAGGCAUAGUCAACCUUGCCGCCGAACCCGGAAACAGCACAGAAAAUAACCAUUACGCUCACAUGAGUGAUAUAUGACUCCAAGAAUCCAAAGACUUGUGAUAUAUUUGUGUGCUUUGUAAACGUAAACGUUCAUAACCAAAUAUUCUCCGCCAAAUCCCACUUAUGCUAUGCAUUAUUUGUUACAAAUGGCCGCGUUCUAGGUUCGUGGACUCAUACAUACGUGUACGUCGUGCAUUAAAAGACCUAGAUGAUAAUAUGGUAGUAUAUUUCAGUAGAAGAGAUGCAAUAUGUAUAUACAUGCUGUAAAAAGCUUUUCUUCGUUGAAUUAGUAGGCUAGUUUACAUUAUUUGUGUAUAUUUAUGUGUAUCUCCAUUACCUUAUUCUAUGCAAUAAAAGUGAUCAUAUUUUAAAUUACAACGUAAAAUUAUAUAGA